GAAAUUUGUGACGUCGCCCUUGACGGGCUCCAUUGUAUUUUUGUUUUCCAAUUGGCUCAGCGUAGAAAAUAGUGUUUUUCUUUGCCAAAAGUGUCCAAUUUGUAACGUUAGGUAGCUGCAAACCCUCAAGUACAAUGUCGAUGAGACCAGACGACCAUCGCCGCAAGUGGGACCGCGCCGAGUACGAGAGACUCGCCCAGGACAGGCUGCGGAGCAAGAAAACAGAAGGGCGCAAGGGACACGAUGACGAGGAUGAGGAGGACGCUAAAGAGUCUGCCAAGCGGGAGUUGCUGAAGCGGCGUGACUACAAGGUGGACUUGGAGGGGAAGCUGGGCAAGAGCGUGGUAAUCAGCAAGAGCACGCCCUCGUCGCAGUCCGGCGGCUACUACUGCAACGUGUGCGACUGCGUGGUGAAGGACUCUAUCAACUUCCUGGACCACAUCAACGGGAAGAAGCACCAGCGCAAUCUGGGCAUGUCCAUGAAGGUGGAGCGCAGCUCGCUGGACCAGGUGAAGGAGCGCUUCAAGGUGAACAAGAAGAAGAUGGAGGAGAAGCAGAAGGACUACGAGCUGGAGAGCCGUCUCCGAGAGGCCAAAGAGGAGGAGGAGAAGCUGAAGGAGCACAAGCGCGAGCGCAGGAAAGAGCGAAAGCGGAAGGCCGAGGAGAGCGUCGAUGAUCUCGAUGAUCCUGCCACAUCCGACAUGGCUGCCAUCAUGGGCUUUGCUGGCUUCGGCGGCUCCAAGAAGAACCACUAAACAAUAAUAGAUGUCAAUUCCUGCCAUUUACAAAACACCAACACUCAAGGUUAUAAUAUACAAUCUGGGGCGCGACGAUGGCAUUUUCUCGGCCCCGGAAGCUGCGCGAUUUCAUGGUGAAAAAUGAAUACAGGCAAUGAUACCGACCCUUUUCCAGCCACAAAUUCAUCUCCUUCCUCAUUUGGACAAGGUGAAAACAAUGCCACACGCUUGAUAAUCCUUUUAAAAAUACCAUUUAUUGUGAAUGAGAAAACCAAGAGUUAAGGAGAAAAUCAUUUUCCCACACUAUUGUUCGCUCACGCGAGAGUGAGAUUUGCAUAUACAAAAAGGACACCCUCAAGAGCACACACGCACUUGGCCUGUGAAGGGGACAAUAGUGGGUAUAUUUU